GUAGGGAUUUAAUGGUUGGACGCUGCGUUCUUUGAGAUAAUUAAGAACUAGCAACAAUCUGAUCGACCUCAUUUUUUGGAAGCAUUUAAAAUUUGUUCCAAGGACAUCCAUUCGAUUCCGAGUUCAUUGUUCAGAGAAAUUAGUUGUGGAGACAACUGAGAGAGCGAGACAUGCAGUCUAUAAAAUUCCCUUUCCACUAUCAUCCGUUGGUCUUAAAUCAAGUGACAAAAAUGGAUGGUAAAAUACGUUACUGUUACGUGUGCUUUCAACGAGUAAGGGGUCCUAAUUACAGUUGCGAGCAGUGCAGCUACUACGUCGUGCAUAAAUCAUGUGUCUAACCACCCAGCAAGAUACAGCAUCCGUUGCACCCGGAACAUACUCUUGAGAUCAGUAGUUCAUUUGAAGACCAUAGCAGAAAAUGCGAUGGCGGCUGUGAUGAAUACCGGGAGUGCUACAGAUAUAAUUGUUCUCGCUGCAACUUUAACCUUCAUCAAGGUUGCGCUUUGCUACCGCUCACCAUAAAAACUGAAAGUCAUGACCAUCCUCUGAACCUCCUUCGAAGAUCAUUGUCUUUCACUUGCGAUGCUUGUGGGGAAGAAAGAAACUGCAUGUCCUACUUUUGUGUCACCUGCUCAUUCAUGGUUCACACGCAAUGUGCUCUCUUUCCCUUGACUCUCACAAUAAGACGUCACAACCACCCUCUGAGUCUGAACCUCAAAAACUCUCCUCAGCUCGACCAAUCCGAGGAUCAGCAAAUUUGUCAUCUCUGUUAUAAAAAAGUGAACACAAAAUACAAUUGUUAUUAUUGCUCGAGUUGUGAUUUUGUUGCACAUCCUCUUUGUGCUACAAACUUUUACAACAAGAAUGAAGCAUUUGACCCCGAAUUCAUAGAUGAGCAGCCUAUUUUGCCCCUUGACCUUCUUGGGCCUGAUGAAUCUGGUGACAAAUUAGCUCAAAUUGUCAACAAGAUCACCCCGGAAAACGGAAAAGCUGAAAUCGUCACAGAGAUCAAACAUAUCUGUCAUGAACAUAACUUAAAGCUUGCAGUUGAUGAGCCAGAGAACAAUGAAAAAUGUAACGGGUGUACGCAGUAUCUCUCCUCUCCGUAUUAUUGUUGUUUACAAUGCAAGUUCUGUCUUCACAAAUCUUGUGCUGAUUUACCCCGAAAAAAAUUACACCCGCUUCAUGACCAUCCGCUCACCCUCCUCCCAAACAAAUUUCAUGAAUAUGAUGGAGUCUUCUGGUGCGCUGCUUGUGAUCGUCGGUGUAAUGGCUUCGUAUACAGUUGUGAUAGCUGCCACUUCAAACUCGAUGUCCCUUGCAGUUUGAUACCAAAAAAAGUUACCCAUGAGGGUCAUGAGUACCCACUCUUUGUUACUGACAGAAGCCCUUAUGUCAGAUAUAGGGACAGCUGUAAUUCAUGUGGCGAACGUGUCCCUGCGACCAUUUAUUGUGGUGAUUGUGGAUUUAAGAUAGGCUUCUGCUGCGCUACCCUACCGCUUACCAUAAAAUAUGGGCCGUAUGAGAAACCUUUCAUACUCUCUUACAGCAUUGAGGAUGACUCUGGUGAGUAUUAUUGUGAUAUUUGUGAAGAAAAGCGAAAUCUGAAGCAUUGGUUCUACUAUUGUGAAGAUAUCUUUUUUGCUGCUCAUACUAAAUGUAUUAUGGGGAAGUACCCCCGCAUCAAGGUCGGGAGCACUUACACAUUCGACUUCCACGAGCAUCCUCUCACUUUUGUUGAGAGGGACGUGGUUCAAUAUCCUAAAUGUCUCGCUUGUAGUCAUGACUAUUCUGGAGAUCAUCAUGUGCAUCCAUUUUUCUUCUUAUGUGUCAAGUGUGAUUUCAUUGUUGCUGAUGAUUGUUUGUGGAAGAUAAGGAAAUGGCCGCAGAGCUACGCGCAGGCAUCUAGCAGACUAAAAUUGGACGCAUGAUGCAUGUUGGACAUUUCAAUCCAACAUCACAAUCUCAUGGUUCUAAAUCAGUAUUUGCUGAAACUGUUUAAACGUCUGAGCAAGUAGUACCUCAUGCAGCUUCAUUGUAGACUAGAAACGAGAUCAGGACCCACUCUCCCAACUCUAGAAGAUCAUGAUGUGAUGGAUGCAGGCCAGGGGUGAUUCUUGCUAUAUAUAUCUUGGCCCUAAUUACUGCUAUGCUUGCUU